AUUACUAAGGUAGGAGAUGCAAACAUGGAUGUAAUGAGUGCAUUGAUCACAUCUCUGCUUAGAGGAUGUGCAGAACAAUCAAGGACGAUGGUUGGUCAGCGGCUAAAGUUGAUAUGUGCAGAUUGUCUUGGAGCACUUGGUGCAAUAGAUCCUUCAAAAGUCAAGGGAUUUUCAAGCAUGCGUUUCCAAAUUGCGUGUUCAGAUGAUGAUUUAAUUUUUGAGUUGAUUCAUAAGCAUCUGGCCCGGGCCUUCAGGGCUGCUCCUGACACCAUUAUUCAAGAUUCUGCAGCNGAUACCAUUAUUCAAGAUUCUGCAGCGUUGGCGAUUCAGGAACUUCUAAAGAUAGCAGGCUGUGAGGCAUCUCUUGAUGACAAUGUGGUCGCUUCUACUUCACAGACAAGAGGCAAACGACCCGUUAAGUUGCUUGCAUCUGUGGUGGAUGGUAAUUGCACUGAAAUGCAGGAAAGGGGUCAGAGAUUGUGGAAUCGUUUCUCUAGUUAUGUGAAGGAGAUAAUAGCCCCUUGCUUAACCUCCAGAUUUCAGCUGCCAAGUAUGUCUGAUUCAGCAUCUUCUGGUCCAAUCUAUCGCCCUUCAAUGUCAUUUAGAAGAUGGAUAUUUUUCUGGAUCAAGAAACUGACUGCACAUGCAACAGGUUCUCGAGCAAGUAUUUUCAAUGCCUGUCGUGGUAUAGUCCGCCAUGAUAUGCAAAUAGCAAUGUAUCUUCUUCCAUAUUUGGUCCUUAAUGCAGUAUGUGAUGGUACUGAAGAGGCACGCUGUGGCAUAACAGAGGAAAUUUUAUCUGUUCUCAAUGCUGCUGCAUCAGAGAAUAGCACUGAUGUUAAUGGUAUAAGUUCAGGGCACAACGAAGUGUGCAUUCAAGCUGUAUUUACUCUUCUUGAUAAUCUUGGUCAAUGGGUGGAUGACGUACAACAGGAACUUUCACUUUCCCAGUCUAUUCAAACUUCCAGUUCGAGGCAACAAGCUCUCAAGUCGAAGGAGAAGGCCAUCAAUCUGUCAAGUGAUUCUAACCAGGUGCUUAUUCAGUGUAAACAUGUCUCAGAACUCUUGGCUGCAAUUCCUAAAGUGACUCUUGCAAGGUCAUCUUUCAGAUGCCAAGCUUAUGCCAGGUCCCUUUUGUACUUUGAAUCUCAUGUGCGGGAAAAGUCGGGAUCGUUUAAUCCUGCCUCCGAGAAGAGUGGCCUUUUUGAGGAUGAAGAUAUCUCAUUCCUGAUGGAAAUAUACAGUGGGUUGGAUGAGCCAGAUGGCUUAUGUGGUUUUGCUUCCUUACGCAAGUCAAAGAGCUUGCAAGAUCAUCUAUUGAUAAAUAAGAAGGCAGGAAACUGGGCAGAAGUAUUGACUUCUUGUGAGCAGGCUUUGCAGAUGGAACCAACUUCUGUCCAGAGGCAUUCAGAUGUUGUUAACUGCUUACUAAAUAUGUGCCAUUUGCAGGCCACGGUCACCCAUGUAGAUGGAUUAAUAUCUAGAAUACCUAAAUACAAGAAAACUUGGUGUAUGCAAGGUGUUCAGGCUGCAUGGAGGCUUGGAAGGUGGGACUUGAUGGAUGAAUAUCUUAGUGGGGCUGAUGAAGAAGGUUUAGUAUGUAGUAGUUCUGAGAGUAAUGCUUUAUUUGACAUGGAUGUCGCUAAGAUUCUUCAAGCAAUAAUGAAGAGAGAUCAGUUCUCCAUUGCUAAGAAAAUUACUUUGUCGAAACAAGCUCUGAUUGCUCCUUUAGCUGCUGCAGGCAUGGAUUCUUAUGCGAGAGCUUACCCCUUUGUUGUCAAGCUUCACAUGCUGCGGGAAUUAGAGGAUUAUAGUUCUCUUCUUGGUGGUGAGUCUUUCUUAGAAAAAUCAUUCCCUCUAUAUGACCCAAAUUUCUCAAAACUAAUAGAAAGCUGGGAAAAUCGUCUCAAACUCACACAACCAUCCCUCUGGGCUAGGGAACCACUCUUGGUUUUUCGGAGAUUAGUUUUUGGUGCAAGUGGUCUUCAUGCUCAAGUUGGGGAGUGCUGGAUUCAAUAUGCAAAGCUCUGUCGUUCUGCUGGUCAUUACGAGACAGCAAGUCGAGCAAUUCUAGAAGCCAAGGCCUCAGGUGCACCUAAUGUUCACAUGGAAAAGGCUAAGCUUCUGUGGAGCACCAGAAGAGCUGAUGGUGCCAUUGCUGAGCUCCAACAGACCCUUCUGAAUAUGCCUGUUGAGGUUGUAGGCUCUGCAGCAAUAUCAUCAAUCACUAGCCUCUCAUUGGUUCCAUUGAACCCACAGCCUCUUCGUUGUGGUACCCAGUCUUCUAACGAGAAUAGAGGUGUAGCCAAAACUCUCCUACUCUAUUCAAGGUGGAUACAUUACACUGGUCAAAAGCAGAAGGAAGAUGUGAUCAGUCUGUACUCUAGGGUGAAGGAAUUACAGCCCAAGUGGGAAAAAGGGUACUUUUACCUGGCAAAAUACUGUGAUGAACUACUUGUUGAUGCCCGAAAACGGCAGGAGGAUAAGGAGCCGUGUUCCAAAGCAGUCCCAGCAAAGUCAGCUCUGGUAGCUGCCACAAAUCUGAACACUGAGAAAAGUUGGUUAUCAUAUCUUCCUGAUGUGCUCUUAUUUUAUGCAAAGGCUCUUCACAGGGGCCAUAGGAAUCUUUUCCAAGCCCUUCCUAGAUUGUUAACACUGUGGUUUGAUUUUGGGAGCGUUUAUCAUAUAAGCAGAUCAGCAGCCAAUAAAGAAAUGAAAACAAUCCAUGGGAAGGUUUUGAGCAUCAUGCGAGGAUGUUUAAAUGAUUUUCCA